UUUCAUCUUCUCCAUUUUAUUUUGUGUUGCUUGUUUAACCACCUCAACACACAAACACACCACCAAUGACAUCUCCAGUGAUGGCGGAAGCUGCUGCCGUUUUAGCUUUCCGAUCAGUAAUGCUCCGUGUCCAACAAGCAGCGGAAAGAUCCGGAACCAAACCCGAUCGAGUUCGGGUUGUUGCAGUUUCCAAAACCAAACCCAUUUCCAUGAUUCGCCAACUCUAUGACGCAGGUCAUAGAGUCUUUGGGGAAAACUACGUCCAAGAAAUCGUUGAGAAAGCUCCUCAGCUUCCACAAGAUAUUCAGUGGCACUUCAUUGGGCAUUUGCAGAGCAAUAAAGCCAAAACACUUCUGAGCGGAGUUCCAAAUUUGGCCAUGGUUGAGGGCGUGGACAAUCAAAAGGUGGCAAAUAACCUUGACCGUAUGGUUUCAAACCUGGGAAGAAAUCGUCUAAGGGUUUUGGUGCAAGUAAAUACCAGUGGAGAAGAAUCCAAAUCUGGUGUUGAUCCUUCCGAUUGUGUUGAUCUUGCAAAACAUGUUAAAUUGAGCUGUCCAAACUUAGAAUUCUCUGGCUUAAUGACAAUAGGAAUGCCAGACUAUACCUCAACUCCGCAGAACUUUUGGACGCUAUCAAAUUGCAGGACUGAAGUUUGCAAGGCACUUGAAAUGGACGAGGAGCAAUGUGAACUGUCAAUGGGAAUGUCUGGCGAUUUUGAGUUAGCGAUCGAAUCAGGUAGUACUAAUGUGAGAGUUGGGUCAACAAUAUUUGGACCAAGAGAGUAUGCAAAAAAACAAUGAUAGCAGAAAGUUGCAAUCUCUCUCUUCCUCUGUCUAAAGUAGACAUGAUUAUAUCAUGGCACAAAUCUUCUGAAUGAAUGCUUGUUCAUGGUACUUGGAAAGAGGGAGAGGGAAGCAAAUAUACUAUAGUAUAUAGUUGCAGCAUGCUCCAUCAUUAUACAGUGACCAUCUGCAAAAAGAAACUUAACAAUUGUACCUAGUGUUUGAAUAUUAUUUAUCUUUAAUGACUAUUUGCAGGGCAAUUUGUGCCGUGAUUAUUCUUAAUAAUCUGGUCUUAAAGUAACUGAUUUUUAAUUUUUUGCCA